AUGGUUCCAAAUGGAUUGGAACCAUGGGUUGUUUUGGAGGACCCAUUUGAAGCUCCAACGGACAAGAAGGGUAAGCGCCUCCGACCUCAACAUUGGAGCGAGGAGCAACGGGAGCAAGCAGAGGCGGAUAAGGAGGAGAGUGAAGCUGAUAAUCAAUUGAAGGAGUGGAUUUUACUUAAAUGUUUAUUGGCACAAAAGGUCACUAGCAGCAAUACAAUAGCAGUUUCCCAACAUAUAUAUGACAUAUUCAGUGUUUUUAAGUUGUUCAUAGAUAGAUUUUUUAGUUUCUAUGUUGUUUUAGUACAACUUUUUACUGGAAUUGUCAUGGAUAAAGGUUGGAUGUUUUUACCAAGACAAACUGAGGAAUACAGAAAAGGACUUGAGAAUUUUCUAGAUUUUGCAUUUUCUAAUGCCAACAUUAAUGGAACGAUUGCAUGUCCUUGUGCAAGAUGUAAGAUUGGCAUAUGUGUUUCAAGAGAGGAUGCUUAUGAGUAUUUGUUGGUUGACGGAUUUAUCAAAGGUUAUACUCACUGGGUGGCUCAUGGAGAGAUAUCAUGUAGUGCAUCUUCAAUAUCUAGUUCAGUUCCGUCUCAUGAUGAUGUAGAUGACAUGGAGGGACUAGUUCACGAGGCUUUUGGGGUCCAACAACACGAUGGUAGUACAAUUAAUACAGCAGGAUUUGAAAAGGAUACAGAUAUUCCAAUUGGAGAGGCCGAGACAUUCUAUAAAUUAAUUGAUGAUGCACAGAAAGAGUUAUAUCCUGGAUGUAAGAAAUUCUCAAAACUUGCAUUCAUCAUUCGCUUGCUUCACUUAAAAUGUCUUGGAAAAAUGACCAAUAAGAUCUUCAAUAUGCUUUUGGAUUUGUUGAGAGAAGCAUUUCCUAAUGCCAUGAAAGAUUUACCAAAGUCAUACUAUGAAGCAGAGAAAUUGAUGAAGAAAUUAGGACUUGGUUAUGAAAAGAUCGAUGCUUGCCCUAAUGAUUGCACUUUAUACUGGAGAUUGGAUAAAGAUAAAGUUCGAUGCAAAACAUGCAAUGAGCCCAGAUGGGAAACAUCCGAAGAUGAUCCUAUUGGUGACAAGAGGAAAGUUGCAUGUAAGGUUUUAUGGUAUUUUCCAAUAAAGCCUAGGUUACAACGUUUGUUCAUGUCCUGCAAAACGGCAGUCCAUAUGAGAUGGCAUUCUGAAUCUCGCACAAAAGACAGUUACAUGCGACACCCAGCUGAUUCCCCAGCUUGGCAAACGUUUGACCAUAACCACCCAGAAUUUGCGAAGGAUCCCCGAAACAUAAGGCUAGGAUUAGCUUCAGAUGGGUUUAAUCCAUUUAAAAAUAUGAGUACGGUGCAUAGUAUGUGGCCAGUCAUUUUAGUGCCUUAUAAUCUUCCACCAUGGAUGUGUAUGAAACAACCAUACUUUAUGUUAUCAUUGCUAAUACCUGGUCCAUCUGCUCCUGGAAAUAACAUCGACAUUUACUUGCAGCCUCUUGUUGCAAAUUUGAAGGAUUUGUGGGAAGUAGGAGUACAGACAUAUGAUGCAUCAACCAAGCAGAAUUUUCAAUUGCAUGUCGCAUUACUAUGGACGAUAAGUGAUUUUCCUGGAUAUGCAACCCUAUCUGGAUGGAGCACCAAAGGUAAAUUUGCAUGCCCAGUGUGCCACAAAUUUACGCAUUCACGGUGGUUAAAAAAUGGUAAAAAAUAUUGCUAUAUGGGUCACCGCAAAUUUUUGAACAGUGAUCAUGAGUUUCGCAAAGAUGCUCAACAUUUCGAUGGAACAGAAGAGUAUGGAAGACCACCACCAAUACUUACAGGAGACAUAGUAAUAAAUGAGUUGAAAAUUUUUAAAUUUAAAUUUGGAAAAACAGUUGAUGAUAAUCCAGAACUACCAUUCAAUUGGAAAAAGAUGAGUAUUUUCUUCAAUUUACCAUAUUGGAAAAAUAAUGUGAUACGUCACAAUCUUGAUCUUAUGCAUAUUGAAAAGAAUGUGUGUGAAUCAAUUUGUGGGACAUUGCUAAAUAUGGAAGGGAAAAUGAAAGAUAAUAUUAAAUCAAAUCUUGAUUUGCAAGAAAUUGGGAUAAUAUCAGCACUUCAUCCUAUUGAGAAGGGACCGGGCAGAGUUUACUUGCCUCCAGCAUGCUAUUCAAUGGGGAAAAAAGAGAAUAGUACAUUUUGCAAGGUUUUGAAAAAAGUUAAAGUUCCAGAUGGCUAUGCAUCUAAUAUUUCACGAUGUGUUCAAAUGAAACCAGCAAAAUUAAUUGGUCUAAAAAGUCAUGAUAACCAUAUUUUGAUGCAACAGUUGUUGCCGGUAGCACUACGUAAAACUUUGUCUAAAUCAGUUCGGAAUCCUUUGAUUAGAUUGUGUAGGUAUUUCAGAGAGCUAUGUUGUAAAGUAAUUUCUCCUACUGAUGUCGUUCGUCUGAGGAAAGAUAUUACGGUGAUUCUCUGUCAACUGGAGAAAAUUUUUCCUCCCUCAUUUUUUGACAUAAUGAUUCAUUUGACUGUACAUUUGGCUAUUGAAGUACAACUUGCUGGACCAGUUUACUAUCGUUGGAUGUAUCCAAUUGAAAGGUACUUGGGAACAUUGAAGUCAUAUGUCCGAAACAGAAGUCGGCCAGAAGGGUCCAUUACUGAGGGGUAUUUGGCUGAGGAAUGUUUGACAUUCUGUUCCUUAUAUUUAGCUGAUUAUGUAGAGACAAGAUUCAAUCAAUCACCGAGAAAUGAUGAUACAACUAUCGACUCAACAUAUGCAUUGGACGUGUUUACAACAUCUGGUUAUGCACUUGGAAAGGCCAUUGCAACUAAGUUUGAUGAUGAGACAUUAAAGAAGGCACAUCAAUAUGUUGAACACCGUCAGAUUUUGAAUCUUAGUCAUUCUGGUCUUCCACCUCACCAAAUUGAACGUAUGCAUAGUGAGUCUUUUGCAUCUUGGUUUGCAAAACAUAUUGAAGAUACAAAUCUUUCACAAGAUGAACCAAUAUCAAAUGAUCUGAAAUCACUUGCCAAAGGCCCGAAUUUCAUAGGGAUACGAUAUGAAAAAUUCAUUUCCAACGGAUUUAGGUUUCAUACAAAAGAAGUGGAAUGCAAGAGAAAAACUCAGAAUUGUGGUGUAAUUGUUCGGGCUACUACUUCAAGUUAUUCGAGUAUUAGAGAUCAAAAUCCAAUAUCAAGUGAACUUGAUUAUUAUGGAAUUUUGCAAAAUGUGAUUGAGUUAGAUUACGAGGGAGGUCGAAAAGUUAUUUUAUUUGAAUGUGAUUGGGUCUCCAAAGGCAAACGACUAAAACUAGACGAGGAUGGUUUUAUGUUGGCCAAUUUUACAAAUGUGAAGCGCCAUAAUGAGCCUUAUAUUUUAGCAUCCCAAGCCAUGCAAGUUUUUUAUGUGGAAGAUCCAGUUGAUUGUAAUUGGCAUGUAAUUAUCACCACUGAUGCACGAGGACAUUAUAAAAUGCAACCUAUGGCAGAUGUUGAUACAUACCUUCAAAGUUGUAUUGGUAAUCCUGAAGACCACAAUGAUCAUGAAGAAAUCGUUUGGGUUCAGGAUGAUGCUACAGGAGUUGAAAUUGAUGUUGAUACAUGA